UGAUACAGUACGUGACAAGCCAGAUGUCUAGUAGCCUACAUGAAUGUUUCCGUCUAGUUGAAAUAGUGCGGUGUUGAUGUUACUCCACUGAUGUAAGGAUUAUUUUACACUUGGACGUAUUAUAAUUGUUAAAAGAAAUAAAGACUGUGUGGAGGAGAGGCUAACGGACAGCUACCCAGAUGAACAACAGGAAGGAGGACAUGGAGAUCUCGUCCCACUACCGGCAGCUCCUGCGGGAGCUCAACGAACAGCGGCAACAUGGCAUCCUGUGUGACGCCUGCGUCAUCGUCGACGGCAAGAUCUUCAAGGCCCACAAGAACGUCCUCCUGGGCUCCUCACGCUACUUUAAGACCCUCUACUGCCAGGUGAAGAAAGGGGCAGAGCCUCACCACCAAACCACUGUCACUCACCUGGACAUUGUCACAGCGACAGGCUUCAAAGCAAUCCUCGACUUCAUGUACUCGGCUCACCUGGCCCUGACCAGUAAGAACGUGAUCGAGGUGAUGUCAGCGGCCAGCUACCUACAGAUGACCGAUAUAGUCCAGGCAUGCCACGGCUUCAUCAAGGCCGCGCUGGACAUCAGCAUCCGCUCCGAGCUGGCCGACGAGCUGGUCGACUUUGAGAUGGGCGCUGUGGCCGCCGCGGGGAUGGGCGGGAGCGGGGGGGGCGGUGGGGGAGGAGCGGGAGGAGGAGGCCUGGGAGGGACGGCGACAGAAGCUUUGGCCUCCAUCAUGUCGGGCCGCAGCUCCUCCCCCUGGCUGGGCAGACGCACCAGCCCCGCCAACUCCUCCGGCGACUCGGCCAUCGCCAGCUGCCACGAGGGAGGCAGCACCUACGGCAAGGAGGACCAGGAGCCCAAGAGCCACGAGAGUCAGGAGGAGGCCUGCCACGACUCCCAGCCCGCCUGGCCCCACGACUACCGACCCCUGGCCGUCAAAGAGGAGCAGGUGUCCCCCUCCUCGUCCUCCUCUCACCUCAGGGGAGGGGCCGGGGGCGGGGCUCAGGGGGAGCCGGGGGGAGGAGGUGCAGGAAGUGGAGGAGGGGAGGGGGCGUGGCAGCCUUCAGGGUCAGGAAGGAGGAAGAACAGGAAGAACAAGGACACGGUGCGGCACAUUACCCAGCAGGUGGAAGGCGAGAGAGACAGCAGGCCGGGGUCUCCACUGACCUCCAUGUUGGCGGUGGCGGGGUGGAGCUACAACGGGCAGGAUAUCCCAGGUGCUGAUGUCACAGAGCCCAACAGUUCUGACAGCCGUGGAGAGCGUCUGGAAUUCUUCCUCAAACAGGAAGAGGCCGGCGAGGCUGGCUUCCUGGGCCCCAGCGAAUCGGAUGAGGCCCGAGGGGGUCCUGGGGGUGGAACCACCGCAUCCGUAGCCAAUCUGAGGGCAGCGUUGAUGAGUAAAAACAGCUUGCUAUCGCUCCGUGCAGAGAUGCUGGGAGAUGACAGCCCUCUGCUCUAUGAGUACCUGCCUAAAGGUGGACACUCCCUCUCUCUGAAUGACUUCACAGUGAUCCGUAAAAAGUUCAAGUGUCCCUACUGCAGUUUCUCUGCCAUGCACCAGUGCAUCCUGAAGAGACACAUGCGCUCGCACACUGGAGAGAGGCCCUACCCCUGUGAGAUCUGUGGCAAAAAGUUCACCAGAAGGGAGCACAUGAAGAGACACACACUGGUGCACAGUAAGGAUAAGAAAUAUGUGUGUAAGGUCUGCAGCCGAGUCUUCAUGUCAGCCGCCAGUGUUGGAAUCAAACAUGGCUCCCGUCGCCAUGGCGUCUGCGCUGACUGCUCUGGACGGGGGAUGGCCUCGCUAUUGGACCACAAUGGGGAAGGGGGCGGAGACCUCUCCCCGGAAGACGAGUUGUACACUGGUGAUCAUCGUUUCCACGACGACCAGGCAGAGUGUGAUGGUGAUGGGGAGGAGGAGAUGAUGGUAGAAAGAGAUGGAGAGAUAAUAGGAGAGGGGGAUGAGGAGGGAGGGAAGUGGAAAGAGGACUCAGGGAUGAUGGCGGAGGGGGAUGGAGCGUUGGACAAUGAGAAGGAGGAGAGCGACUCUGCACAAGAGGGAGAUCACCAGAACGGGAGCGAGAAGGACUUUGCAUGGAUCUCCUAGGAUCUGCUCGGAUCUCCUACGGGUAUCUAACUGAUCUCUUACGGUCCCUAGUAAUCUCCUAGGCAGACUUCCUGCUGUCUUUACCCAUGUGCUCCUCCAUGGGCAGACCCUCCAGUGGGUGGAGUGUGUUGGGAGGCGAUACACGACAAUGAUCUGCAACCUCAACUAGGUCUAAUAUAUAUAUAUAUACAUAUAUAUGUAUAUAUAGGUAUAUACAGUAUAUAUACCUAUAUAUAUACACACACACAAACACACUUACUUGCUUCACACAGUCACUUGCACACAUUGUCAAGUGUGAGCCCUGUGCUAGUGAUUGGAUUGCCAUGACAUGAGACAGAGAUGGUUAGAUUGAGGGGGUGUUUCUGCUGACCUCCUGUACUUCUGAUGCAGUGUUUCUUUUCUGUGUUUUUGUUGUUGUUAGCUUUCCGAGGGCCGGACCAGAGUCCCUUAGUUUGCCAUACUGUCUCAGUGGGACUGAAACACACUCUACUGCACCUCGGGCAGUUGGAAACCACAACUGCUUUUGAAAGAGGUCGCAUGGUCAUGGUUGACAAGGGAUGGUUGACAAUUUUUGGAAUGCACCAGGUGGUGUAUUAUUUCCAUAGGGCAUAGGCGAUGAUGUAUUCCCCAGUAAGGACAGUCUUUCUAUCUAUUGCAAAGCUGCAGGAUGGGCAGCCACUUGGUCCUGCAGAGUCAACUGCCACAGACUUGCACUUUAAUGACAACUAGACUCCUGUCAAUGCCCUGAACCCAUGGUUUACAUUUUUUGAUCUGAUUUGACCUAAACAACUCGGUGACCGCACCUACCUUUAAGGAUAUACUGUAUGUCCUCUUGACUGUUAUCAUCACACACACACGUAUAUACAUAUAUAUAUAUAUAUGUAUAUAUACGUAUAUAUAGACGUAUAUAUAUGUAUAUAUAUUUGCAUAUAUAUACAAUGUAGAUUCAAUUUAAGGAGCAGUGCAUUGAGUAAGAUGAGAUACAUAAUCUUACAUUCCCCAUUUCAUACUAUUUUUACAUUCUAGCUCUCUCACUCACUUUCUUUCACACUCUCACCCACCUCCUAUAUCCCUUCCAUUCCAUACCGUCCCACUUCUGUUCAGCUCAUGUAAGUCGAAUGUGGGAAACCUGGAGAAGAGACGCCUCAAAUAAGUUAAGUUUUUGUCAUUUUUAUAUCUCAAUUUAUUGCUACAGAAUAUGCACACAAUUCCUUUUAAUUGAACCUUAAGGUAUGGCUCAUCUUUUAUGUCAUGGUGUUUUAUCAGUUUGUACAAAAUAAGAAAAGAGAAAAAGCUUUGUCUGUGCUGUUGAGUGCUUUUCGUUGAUUUGGUUUGUUGGAAAAGUUAUUUAUUGAAAAUGCAUAUUUCAUAGUUGGGUUUAUAAAUAAGACAUUCCCUCUUAUCUGGAUAACCGAGUGUGUUUUCGUGUGUGCGUGUGUUUGAGAGAGAGAAAAAGAGAGAGAAAGAGAGAGAAUUUAUUAAAAUGUGUGUGACAAGAUAAUUGAUCAUUUGAGGGACGCAGAUCACAUUGUCUUUUAAUUAUGAUAAUUAUGAUUCCUGUUGUUCUUAUUAAGUGCUGGAUGCUAAGCUUUACCGUGUGUUCCUUUUUUUGAGAUUUUAUAUCAUGUUUAAUAAGUAAAAGCUUUUAUACUUUGCCUUGUUGUGGACAGCAAGCCAUGAGGCUUUUUUCUCAGUCGUUUUCUUGUGCCAGUUCCCUGCUUCUCUGUUGUAUUUGCUUUUUAACAAGAGGGACUGCAGAGGCUAACAAGUGCAGAGGCUAACUUAUUAUCAGUUAGAUAUUGAUUGAACCAUAUAUUCAGCACAUGCUUCUGCAUCACUAAUGUACACUAAUUGAUUGAUAUCAAACCAAAAACAAUCUAAUAUGUUGUACACUUUAAGUGAUUUUGUUUCUAUAGUGCAGGUGCAAAUUAUUUGACUUUAUUGUGAUCGAUACGUUUUGUUGGGUUGUUUUUGUUUGUUUUCUUACUUUCUCACAGUUUGAAAAGUGCACGAUAUAGUAUUAUUAUUGUUAUGACUAUGAUUUAUAUGUAUAAGGGGCCUUGUGGGAGACCUGCCUGUCUGAUAGAGGUUGCAUCUUAACCCUGUUGCCCUUUAAUAAUCUUUGUGCUCUACUGUAUCGCCUUGCAUGAGAUACGAACAGCUGUGAGCCACACUCAGAGCUCUGUGUGCAGAAAUGCUGCAACUAGAGAACAUACUACACACUGCCUCUCAGGGCUGGCAAAAGUGUUUCAUAUUUCUAUCUGCGGGCUCUGAAUGUAUGUCUCACAGCCUGUUUCGCUGUACUAUGAGAGGAAGGACUGUGUGCUGAAGUGAAGCGUCUGGGAAUUGAUUGCCAAUGGUGGUCGUCAGUAUCAGGCCUCAUUAGUAUGGACUGAUGUUUCCAUCGACCCCCACUAAGCACCUCUCAUAGACACAAUGUGUGAUUUGUGAUGCCUUCUUCAUGCCUGGCAACUAGCUUUAUUUAAGUUGUAUAAUUUAUUGUGUCUUUGUUUUUACCCAUCCACCAUCUAUUUCUAUUUCUGGGAAGGAAAACCUAAUAUUAUUGGGUUGGAUAUUUUGAAUGUUUCUGGUCAAUAUUAUGAGAUUUUUAGAAGGUGCAGUAUUGUGGAAGGAGUCCAUGAUCAGUAAUGUGUCGGUGUGUAUUCUCCAACUUGUGUGUCUCCAAAGUUUGCAUCUCCAAAGUGUGUAUGUGAUGUCAUUCAGAGCCCAGGGACCAGAGCCAGCCGGCUCAGCUUGGAUGGUCUCAGGGUCUCCUGGGUCUUCUUCCUCAUACUGGGUUGUACUUCAGGAAACGUCCACCAUCCAACCCCCUCAACAAUGUGCCUCGAUACAUUUCCUGUAUGUGAGUGUGUGUAUCUGUGUGUGUGUGUGACUAUGAUCUUUUGAUGGAUAGAGAUUAUUCAACCUUAAUCACAGGUCUUAAAUAUUGGGAAAAGACUGUGGUUCCGGACAUACUAAUCAGCUGACUGAAGCUACUGUACAGGUUAUGUUUGUGACCCAGUGUUGACCUUUGUGCCCUAAUUUGAUCUUGGUCUUAACUGCAUGCCUGUGUCCAUUUGUCAUACCAAAGCUCUGUCUCGGCAUCUGCACACAACUGUAUCAUUCCACACAAUGCAAAACUGGAACUGGUUGCUUUAUAGCAGAUGAAUAUGGGUAUUCUUAGACGUGUACAAAUUGCAAUCCUGAUUUAGACUGUAUAGCUUGAUUCAUAUGUGCAAAUCACGAAGCCAUAGAUAUGGUUAUAUCUAGAUUAUAUGAUACUUCAAAUUUUUACAUUUUAUUUUAGAUUUUGUUUUCUUCUAAGAGUGAUGUUUGUACACCUUCAUAUAUAUGAAUUUAUAUUACUAUUAUAUAUUAUUUAUUUUCUCUCCCAAGUUUCUGAGGUGUCUUUUGUUUGUAAAGGGGAGUGGCACUUGAAACUUAAUGUUUUUGUUGGGAAUCUUGUUCAAUAUGAUACUGACUUUAUAUUGAUGCUCAUAAACCUGUGUUUGUAACAACAGUGUGUUGAAUAAUCAGAAGCCUGUCCUGUUUUCUUACCCGGUCUGUUCUGGGCAGAUGAAGUGCGCUUGUGUAGAUUUUAUGUUAAUGAUAGUACUGAUCACUUGAGGCAUUUUUACAGCCCAACAUGGGGCGUUACAGUUUUGAUGUUGGGGCCAGCUUACUGGCCAGGCCUCUUUCUACUUCAUGUUUAGUGGGAUUAGCUUGACUAUUAUUUGCAAAACCAAUCAGUCUCAAUAAAUUUUGAAAUUGCUGCUGCAAAGAAUGUGCCGUGCAUUUCCUU